CUUCAUCCCACCCCUCACGAACCUUUUGUUUGCCAUCUUAGCAGAGCAAGGAAAGCACUCGAAUCGAGCACACCAACCGACGGAAUCACGUCUGCUUUCUGAAAAUAAGCGAUCCUCGCGGAGCUGAGAUGAAUAGGUGUUUGUCGCAUUAAGAGGCUUCUCGGUGUGUAUACAGUUUGUGAUACAACGAUGGGAACGGACACAAAUACUCCAACGAGGAACCGCUCCUGUGAGGCUUUUUAUGUGGUGGUUCUACUGCUGCUUUUCGGACAUCGGGCAUCGGCUCAAAUAAGAUACUCUGUUCCGGAGGAGGUCAAAGACGGAACUGUUGUUGGAAGCGUGGCGAAGGACCUCGGCCUUGACAUGGCUUCGUUGGUCGAUCGUCGGUUCCGCGUUGUGUCUGGAAGCAAAGACGCUAUUUUUGAAGUGAACCAGGAUAAUGGGGCACUGUACGUCAAUAAUCAUAUUGACAGAGAGGAGCUCUGUCAGGGCAGCGGGGCCUGCCUGAUGGAGCUGAAAAUCCUCGUCGAAAACCCGUUGGAAAUACACUAUGUAGUUGUGGAAAUUACGGAUGUGAACGACCACUCUCCCACUUUUCCAGAAAGGGAGCAGACGUUUGAAAUAGCAGAGCACACGUUACCAGGAAGGAGAUUUCAGCUGCACACUGCUCGUGACCCCGACGCUGGAAUUAACUCUAUUCGUACGUACACGUUAACGUCAAAUGAACAUUUUGAAGUAAAUAUCCGUCAAAGUGAUGCGACAAAAAUACCAUUUUUAGUGCUGAAGAAAUCGUUGGACAGAGAACAAAAGAGCACACACACGCUUCUGGUCACUGCAGUCGAUGGAGGUAAACCUCCAAGAUCAGGAACACUUAAUGUUUCUAUUAUAGUUCUCGAUAUCAACGACAACCGCCCGGUGUUCAGUCAGGAGAUGUACGAAAUUCUGAUUCAGGAAAAUGUCUCUCUCGGUACUUCGGUUUUCAGAAUGAAUGCGACAGAUCCCGACGAAGACAAUAAUGGGGAAGUUGAGUACAGGCUCGGAAAAACCUUAUGGCGGAAGGUCUAUGACAUUUUUGAUUUGGACAAAUUAACUGGGGAGAUUAGAAUAAAGGGAGAAGUGGACUAUGAAGAAAAAGAUGAAUAUGAACUGGUUGUUGAGGCGUCCGAUAAAGGAACACCUCCACUGACAGGUGAGUGCAGGGUGAUUAUAAAGAUAAAAGACGUCAAUGAUAAUCCACCGGAAAUAGAAGUGACGUCACUGUCAGAUACAGUUUCAGAAGACUCAAAACCUGGUACAGUUAUUUCACUCAUCAGUUUAAUAGAUAAAGAUUCCGGAGUCAAUGGAAAAAUGAUUUCCAGCAUAACUUCAGACGUUCCCUUUGAAUUAAAACCCUCCUUUAAGGAAAAUAUAUAUUCGGUCGUCACAAAGGGAUUUUUGGAUCGAGAGAAGGUGUCAUAUUAUGACAUAAUAAUAAAAGGUACCGACUGUGGUGAACCUCCAUUAUCUACUUUUAAAACUCUCAGCAUUCAGAUAUCAGACGUGAAUGAUAAUAGUCCACAAUUCUCCCAAAAUCCAUUACAGUUUUAUUUGUCAGAAAAUAAUGUUGCUGGGAAGUCAAUAAUCUCUGUGAGAGCAACGGACAGAGAUUUGAAUGACAAUGCAGCGAUUUCAUAUCAUAUUUCGAGAGAAGGGAGUCAGACUGACAUACUGUCUUUCCUUAAUGUAAACCCUGAUAAUGGACAUAUCACCGCGCUGAAAAGUUUCGACUUUGAAACACUGAAAACUUUCCACUUCCACGUUGUUGCGUCAGAUUCCGGAACUCCGUCACUGAGCAGCAACGUCACAGUGAACGUGUUCAUUCUGGAUCAGAACGACAACGCUCCAGUCAUCCUGUAUCCAGUCAGCUCCAACGGUUCUGCUGAAGGUGUGGAGGAGAUUCCCCGCAACGUGAACGCAGGACACUUGGUGACUAAAGUCAGAGCCUAUGACGCUGAUAUAGGAUAUAACGGCUGGUUACUGUUCUCACUGCAGGAAGUGACUGACCACAGUCUCUUUGGUUUGGACCGCUACACAGGACAGAUCAGAACACUUCGCUCAUUCACAGAGACAGACGAGGCUGAGCACAAACUGAUCAUACUGGUGAAAGACAACGGGAACGUUUCUCUCUCAGCAACAGCUACUGUGAUUGUCAAACUCGUGGAGCCCAAAGAGGCUUUUGCAGCUUCUGACGUUAAGAGUUCAACAAAAGCAGAUGAGGACAACAAUGUGACUUUUUACCUGAUGAUAACUUUGGGCUCAGUUUCAGCACUUUUCCUCAUCAGCAUCGUCGUGUUGAUUUCAAUGCAGUGCUCAAAAUCAUCCCCAGACUAUACUUCUAAAUAUCUACAAGAGACUAAUUAUGAUGGGACACUGUGUCACAGCAUCCAGUACAGAUCUGGAGACAAACGCUACAUGUUAGUUGGACCCAGGAUGAGUAUAGGAUCUACUAUAGUCCCAGGAAGUCAUGCGAACACACUGGUGCUUCCUGACAGGAGGUCUGCAACAGGCGAGGUAAGACAUAUUUGAAUGUCUUUUGCUGGUUCAAAUGCUAAAUAUUCAAUGGUUUGCAGAAAGUAACACCAUCGCGUUUACAUUCUUGGCCAAGUAUCUGGGGUUUCUGUAAAAACAAAAAGUAAUUAUUUUAGUUAAAUACACUUAACGUGGUUUUCUCAGUAAGUUUCAGUUUUUCAAUCUUGGAAAGCUUCUCUCAUUUCAAGUUUUGACGUGACUUUGACGGAGAAUGAUUUUUCCAACUUUGCUGGAAUCAU